AUGUGGAUUUAUCCCAGUAUAGAUAGGUUGCUAUUUCCUGACACUUUCUAUGCUCUGCUUGUAAAACAGGAAGCAGAAAAACCCGUCUCAGAUCCUCUCUAUGGCCGCCGGAUACAUUGCUGGGUUCUAGUAUUGUCUGGAAAGUGCGAAGUCCCAGAGAACUUAUUUAUCGACUCAUUCACAGGAAAAAGCUUUGACACCAAAGAUGAUCACUUCCUGGGUAUUGAAAGUGUGUGGAAUCAUGAAAACUACUGGGUCAACAUGCAAGACUGUCGCAACGGGUGCAAGGUACUGGGGACAGAUAUCACAACGCGUACAGCCUGCGAUAAUGGGAGAGGUGGUGUUGUUUACAUGAAAACACAAUAA